CGAAUUUUCCAUCGAUAUCAAUGGGGUCAAUUCGGCACUUGAGCAGGUUAUAUAAAUUGGAAACGGUUAGAAACAUAAUCAUUGUAAUUUCUCGAAAUGUUUCCGAUAAUAUUGGGCUUUGUGUUCGUGGCCGGCGUUGUUGGUGGACCAACCGAGCGCAUAGUCGGAGGAUCAACCGCGCCCGAAGGAAGGUACCCCUAUCAAAUUUCUUUGAGAGAUUUGCGAAGCGGGCAUUUCUGUGGUGGGUCCAUCAUAGCGUCCAAUUGGAUUCUGACCGCAGCGCAUUGCGUUUAUGGGAAAAGUGCGAGUUCCAUGUACGUCGUGGCCGGGGCAAAUAACUUAUUCUCUGGCGGUUCGAAGUACGCUGUAUAUCAAGUGAUCUGGCACCAGGCUUACAAUCCGAGCAACAACGUCAACGAUAUCGCACUUUUGAGAUUGAACCAAAACAUCGCAUUCGGCCAGAAGAUAAGCGCUAUAAGCUUAGCUAACAGUAAUCCAUUAUCAGGAACCUCUUGUAUACUAUCCGGAUGGGGCUUAACAUCGUACCCCUCCCAACAACUGCCAAGUUAUCUUCAACAAAUCUCGCUAACAGCAAUUACGUUGAGGCAGUGUGUGGCUGCUUUACCAGGUAUGCCGGUGACGCAAGGAAAUUUGUGUACGUAUAAGACUUAUGGUCAAGGAGCAUGUCAGGGAGACUCAGGUGGACCAUUGAUUGCCAACGGCGAACAAGUCGGUGUUGUUUCGUGGGGUAUUCCAUGUGCCAAAGGUAAUCCUGAUAUUUUCUCAAGCGUUGCUUACUUCCGCAAUUGGAUACGAGCUAAAUCAGGCAUUUAGACACUACUCUGUAAUUGUAAAGAUAUACCUUUUUAA